UGAAAACUUUUGCCUGCGCCCUCCUCUAACCCUGCCACAACCACUGACUCUUGUCCUCACCGACAAUCUUUCAAAUAUCAAUCACAGCCUGUCGCAGUCGUUCCGGACGACUGCUAUUCACAUUUCCAUCGAUCUGAGCGAAUAAUCUUUGCCAGAGUAUGAACAAGCCCUCAACUAUCCCGACAGACCGCUUCUGUGAGGCCUGCGACGAGCCAGGAUAACUGGCCUGGUGGUAGGACACCAGGCAAGGAGUGAAUAGAGUCGCAAUAGAUCUGCAACGAUCCUGGUUAUUGGAAAAUAUCUACUUGGUUCAAAAUAGCUCUUCAAACACACGACACUCAUUUCAAGAUGUGCUUCGAGCGGUUGAUCAGCCUCAAAUGCGGCCACUAUGAGUCGUAUCAAUUGGACAAGCAAGGCUGCAAAUAUCAAGCUGGACGUCAAUGUCCCAACUAUGUCCAGCUCAAGAUUCGGGAAGACAAGAGCAGAAGCUGCCCCAAGUGCAAGGCUCGUGGCCUGGCAAAGUUUGGAAUUGCCAGCCCAAGCUUGAUAGGGAGACAGUAAGGAUCAUAAGGUGAUGAUGGGGGCGAGAGGAGCUGCCCGGGCGGAAUAGUGGUGACCAGAAUUUGGCUGGUGAAUAGAGGGAAGCGGCUGUACCUAGAUGGUGGGUCAUAGCGAUCAUUUUGCGUGUUCUGCGAGACUUGUGUGAAUGUAAGAUCUGGUGAUGCUAGAUUUCAGAGAGAUUACUUGUGGUGGUCUAGCUAUGUUCUUAUAUUGGAGGAGUAACGAGUGCUCUACUUACUCCCGGGUAUGUACACACCCAUCUAUUUGUUCUUCAACAUCUAAUAUAUCAC